AGCGUCCAAGUGCGGCAUUGCGCUCAUGAUGGCACGCGGGUGCAACGUGGUUUAUGUUGUCGAACUUGCAAUCGGUCUCGUUAUUCUGCCAAGUAUUUCUUUCACGCAAUAUUUGGAUAAUCCCCGAUUUAAAGAGCCAAUUAGAAAUAUUACAACGGCGGUCGGAAGAGAAGCAAUUCUCGAGUGUUUAGUUGAAGAUUUAGGGGGUUACAAGGUGGCCUGGCUUCGCGUCGACACUCAAACAAUUUUAACAAUACACAGUCACGUGAUAACAAAGAAUCAUCGAAUAGGUAUUACUCACAGUGAACAUCGAACCUGGUAUCUUCAUAUACGAGAGGUUCGAGAAACCGACAGGGGAUGGUACAUGUGUCAGAUCAACACCGAUCCAAUGAAGAGUCAGGUCGGAUUUUUAGAAGUCGUAGUUCCGCCAGACAUAUUGGACCAUUCGACCAGUUCGGAUGUGAUUGUGAGGGAGGGUGCAUCAAUAAGUUUACGAUGCGCAGCCCGCGGAUCUCCCGAGCCGACCAUUACCUGGAAAAGGGAAAAUAAUGAAAACAUAUACUUGCCUAAUGGACAACAAGUUGCAAGCUUCAGUGGUCCCGUUCUCAAUAUCACGCAGGUCAGCAGGAGGCAAAUGGGUCACUACCUGUGUAUUGCCUCAAAUGGUGUUCCGCCGUCUGUCAGCAAAAGAAUAACAGUCAUCGUCAAUUUUCCGCCAAUGAUAUGGAUUCAAAAUCAGUUAAUUGGUGCGCACGAGGGUCAAAUGGUUACACUGGAAUGCCAUUCAGAAGCAUAUCCGAAAUCAAUUAACUAUUGGACAAAGGACUCGGGAGAUAUAAUUGCCCAAAGUGCAAAAUACGAACCAACGAUAAUAGAAUCUUCGUACAAAGUGCAGAUGAAGCUGGCGAUAAAGUCGCUUAGUCACGGCGAUUACGGCAGCUACAAAUGCGUGGCAAAAAACUCUCUCGGCGACACCGAUGGAACCAUCAGGCUUGUUCAAAUUGCUAGGCCGACCGCCAUUCAUCAAACAACGGGUGAUCCGGACGGCGGCGGUGAGUGUCACAAUUUUUUCGAUAAAACAUGCAUGAUACGUUAA